AUGCGUACCGUCGCCAUUCUUCUCCUAGCGACCGUCGGCUGCCAUGGCUUCAAUUUUUUAAGCAAGCCGAAGCCGGCCGCCACCGCGUCGAAGGGCGCCAAGCCACCUCCCAAGGCGAAGGCCGUCGCCGCGUCAACGAAAGGCAUCAAGAAGGUCGUUGCGCCGCCGAAGGGCAAGGCGGCACCCGCUGCGAAGAAAGCGGCCUUCGCGAAUCCGUUCGCGGCCAAGCCGAAGGCCGCGCCCCCCGCGCCUGCCAAGGGCGGGUUCUCCUUUGGCGGCGCCAAGCCGGCCGCAAAAGCCAAGAAAGCCGCUCCGCCGCCGCCGAAGCCCUCGAAGGGCAAGGCCCCGCCCGCGCCGGCCAAGAAGCCCUCGUUCUCGUUCGGCGGCGCCAAGCCGGCCGCGAAAACGAAGAAAGCCGCUCCGCCGCCGCCGAAGCCCUCGAAAAAAGCGCCGCCGCCGAAGGCCAAGGCCCCGCCGCCGACGUUCAACAAGCCGAAGCGCCAGUCCCAGGGCGCCCCGGGAACUCCCGGAGGCAUCCAAUUCGCUCCCUCGAAGCCCCAGGCGCGCUCGUCCGGGAGGAAGUUCGACGAAUUCCUCUACGACCCCAACGACGAGCUGGCGAAGGCUCGGGCGGCGUUCGGCAAGAAGUAG